GGAUCGUUUGUGACGACAGCACGUCCAUGUGAUAGCGCUUCAGCCACAGACUGCAGCAGACACAGCAAGAGGGACACUGGAAAGUUUCCACGAUAACACACUGGACAGAGACUGCUAGUUGAACGUUAGUUAAAGUUAGCCGAGAAACCACAGAGGAAGAGGGACCUCCAAACAUGGAGGACACAAGCACUGUGAUGUCCUGGUUCUCCAGCCCCGUGUACAACCGCUACUGGCAGCACUAUUACCAGACCAUGUCUUGGCACCAGAGACACAGACGUGCCUAUCGAAAAGCCCUGGAGGCCGGCACCGGCUACUGCCAGGAGCAGUUUCACCGCAGUCCGCAGCGCUACGCAGACUGGCACGCGCCAAAGAGUGACAAGUGCGAGGAAGGGGAUGAGGAGAGCAGCUCUGACAGCGAGAUCGAGUGUGACGUCAGUAACAUGGAGAUCAGCGAAGAGCUACGACUGUAUUUUGCCCAGACGGAGAGACACAGAGAGGAGCUGAAGAAGCAGAUGGAGGCCGAGCAGCAGGACUGCUACGUGCUGGCUGACCAGGACCUGCGCGGCGGCGGCGGCUCCCAGCAAGGCACCGGAGCUCCUCCCAUCGAGCGACCAGGUGAGAGGCGCGUGGCGGAGAUGAAGAAGCUGUACGGCCAGGACUCCGCCAAGAUCUUGGCCAUUGAGACGGCAAUGCAGCUCACAUUUGACAGAAACUGUGAUCGGAAGCAGCCGAAGUACUGGCCCGUUAUCCCCCUGAAACUGUGAACCAUAAAUAAAAGUUAAAGUUAUUUAAAAAGUUGUUUUUAGGCAUCAAGGGCCCAUACACACAAGAACAGGUCCCAGUCUGUUGUUGUUGUUAUUUUCCUCGUAGCUCGCCUCUUAAACCACACAAGUAUUUAUACACAAAUGUUUCAACGCACUCUGUGAUGUGUAGUUACAACUAAUCCUGUUGUGUGUUUAAGGAGAAAUCUUGAAUAUUCUCCAUUUUAAACAGUUUUUUUUUUACAUAAUAAAUAGUUACAGCAAACCUGAGGUUUUUACAGGAACUGGGUGGAUAAGGAUUGUUUCAUGCUCUCAUGCUCAAUCGUUCUGUAAACACUUUAUGGAAUGAUUAAAUACAAAAUACAGGGUUGUUACUACUAUACAUGAUAUUAUGUUAUCUUUAUGCAUUACUGAAGAAUGACCUCACAACCUGAGUAUGUACCUUGUAUAAAAAGCAAAGGAGAACAAAAAAGACUUAAUUUUUUGUUCUCCUUUGCUUUUUAUACAAGUUUUGUUUUGUUUUUUAUUU